AUGUCUACCUAUCUCCAAGGAGAUGGUGUCAACGAUAACAUCAGAACUGUUCGCUCAUUACCUAUUCGCAAAGACGACGAAGUUACCAUCGUCAGAGGAACAGCCAAAGGUCGUGAAGGCACAGUCAUUCAAGUGUACCGCUUAAAAUACUUCCUACGCAUUGAAAAGAAUACAAAGGACAAGGUCAAUGUAGUCAUCACCAACGCAAAAAUGGAUGUUGAUAGACCACCACUUCCUUCCUUGAGAGGUGUUGCUGCUGUUAACGGAUUGUCUCCGUGA